AUGCCCCGUAAGAAGCGUUCGGCAAGUCCCUUCGAAUUAAUGGAUGAUGAUUUUGAUGAGGAUGCCAGUUCGCAAAGUUCCAAUCCACCCGUGCAACGUAAUGCCGCAAAUGCCCGGGAACGAGCACGUAUGCGUGUCCUCUCCAGUGCAUUUGGUCGAUUGAAAACCAAACUGCCCAACAUUCCAUCCGAUACGAAACUUUCCAAAUUGGAUACCCUUCGACUGGCUACAAUGUAUAUUAAACAGCUAAAGGCAGUGGUAGAGGGUACAGCUCCGCUAAAUACAAACUCCGCCAUGGGUGAGGCGGAACUCAAUGGCGGCGGAUCAUUGUUACUGGGUGAUACACCUAACUGUUUUCUGCAAUUGCACAGUGGUGCUUCAAAUAUGAACUGGCCCUUUGGUUUACAUCAUCAAGUUAAUCAUCACACUGCUACCUCGUCCUCCUCCUCCUCGAACACGGCUCGGACACAAUCCUCCAACACCUAUCUUACAAACGGAGUUAGUAAUGGUCAACCAAGCUGGUGUCAAACUGAAGCAAAUCCCAGCAAAAAGACACGUUACGAUACGGAAUCCUAUCACCACCAUCAACAACAACAACAAAAUGGACAACAAACAAAUUCCAACUCCGAACAACUGCAUGAAACUACCUCCUCUUAUUUGAUAACCUUGGCGUCCUCAUCAUCGACCCCACCAACACCACCCACCUCACAUCCAACGGAUAAUGUAAUUUGGUAUUCGGAAACACCAUCGCCGGAUUUAAGUACCUCAUCAACAACAACACCCAACUCAUCAUCCACAACAAAUGGUAUUGGAGGUUAUGACAGUUCUCCACAUCACCAACAACAUCAUUCGCAUCAUCAUCAUCACGAAAGUCAUCAUCAUUCGAAUAUUUUAAUUGAACACCAUUUAGCCCAUAUGCAAUUGACACCACCACCGCCGCCCACACCGACUCCACAUUUACAUUCCAAUGUCAAUCGUUCCUAUCCAUCGCAUUCGCAUUACCACCCGCAUCCAUUGCAUCAUCCACAGCAGCAACAUCAAUCCCAUCAAUCUUUGCAUCAGUAUUCCCACCAUCUGCCCUUGGCUGGUCAAAAUCAUCAGCAUCAACACGAACUGCAAUAUCUGAAUUCGAAUAAUUUGGCAGCGGCAUCAAUUCGUUGA